AUGUCAGUGCCGAUGAAAUACAGAGAGUUGGGUGACUUUCAUGAAUACUACAGUGGGCAGCGUGUUGCUCCAUACCUGACCAUUUUUGUGGGAGGGAACCACGAGGCGAGCAAUCACCUGUUUGAGCUGUAUUACGGCGGGUGGGUAGCCCCCAAUAUCUACUACCUCGGUGCAGCCAACGUUAUCCGGUGUGGGCCCCUUCGCAUCGCCGGCAUGUCUGGCAUCUGGAAGGGAUACGACUACCGGAGACCUCAUUUUGAACGACUGCCGUACAACAGCGAUGACGUUCAAAGCAUCUACCACGUGAGGGAACUCGAUGUCCGCAAAUUGCUGCAAAUCCGCACCCAGGUUGAUCUGGGACUAUCCCACGACUGGCCUAAGACGGUCGAGCGUAGCGGAGACUUUGAAACCUUAUUCAAUAAAAAAAUUGGGUUCCGCGAGGAUUCUCAAAACGGCCGACUUGGUAGUAUGGCUGCCAAGCAUGUUCUUGAUCGGCUGCGCCCAGCCUAUUGGUUUUCGGCCCACUUACACGUUAAGUUCGCGGCCCGAGUGCAGCACGCUGAAUAUGUCGUUCCUGAGCAUCCCGCGGCCAAGAGACAGGCUGCUUCUGGUGCAACUGAUGCCGGUCAGCGUCCAAGCGCUCCAUUUGCGCUGGAUGGUGCGGUAUUCACUUCGUUGGUCCUCGGUGAAGAGAACCAGAACCCAUUGAAUCAGCCUGUGGCCUCCGCUUCUACUGCCAACCCUGAUAAGCAGAGUCAGAGCAACGCUGUAAGCACCGGAGCCUCUCAGUUGCAGUCAGAGAGUGGACAACCUGCUCAUCAGCCAUCCAAAACCGACGUAUCGGCUGGAGAAGCAGCUAGCAGCAUGGAGACUAAAUUGUCAGCGUGGAACAACUUCCACGUCGUUGCUGCCCGAAACGAAGCGGCUGAAAACGAGCUUUAUUUGUCGGGCAAGGCACAGAAUCCUGGGCCGAACCCCUAUGAACUCAGGCACAACCUGACCUGGAAAAGGGUGGAGACUGAUAUGGACGGCGUAAAUCGGAAAAUUGCAAGCGUCGAGAGGGAUGUCAGUCCCGAACAGCAGAAUCCCAAGAAACAGAAGGUUGAUCAUGGAUCGGAUGUUGUGAAGAAUAGUGACGAGAUCGACUUAGAUCUAGACAGCGACUCCGACGAUGCCUCAAGUAAGGCAAAGCCUGAAACGGCGGUUUCAGGCAAUAGUGGCUCUCCCGCAAUGACGUCCACUCCGACUCAGUUGGAACGAAACAAUAUCACCUCUCAAGCAGAGCCAGCUAAAGCGACCGAUGUCUCACAGGAUGUCAGGAACCAGCUGCCUGCCAGUUUUUCACGGCCCCAGCCUGAUCCCUAUCCGGUCAACGGCCCUUUGCCCGAAGCCAUUGCAAACAACGUGACCAAUUUCCUCGCGUUAGACAAAUGUCUUCCUAACCGCGAAUUUCUCCAGCUCUUGGAGAUAAAUCCUAUUUCGGAGUCGGAUGGAGAGAAGGUUGAACGCCCAUAUCGUUUGGAGUACGACAAAGAAUGGCUCGCAAUCACACGUGCGUUCGCCAACGACCUCCACCUUGGGGAUCCCAACGCCAGACCCUCUGCGGAUAAGGGCGACGUCGUGUACCUGCCCCAGAUCCUCGAAGAAGAGAAGUGGGUCGAGGAGAACGUCGUGAAGCCUGGAAAGCUUGUCGUCCCUGAGAACUUCACUCAAACCGCGCCCAUCUACGAUCCCAGUGUACCUUUGACAACUGAGGAGAUGCCGAUUGAGUACACCAAUCCUCAGACCGCGGAGUUCUGCGAGUUGAUCGGCAUCGAAAACAAAUUUGACAUGAGCGACGCCGAACGCCAAGCUAGAAUGGCCAGAGGGCCCCGUCCUAGUAGUAACAGAGGUGGUAUGGGCCGUGGGGCUCGUCGAGGCGGCUUUGGCUUUGGACGGGGUCGCGGACGUGGAGGUCGCGGACGCGGCAACCGUUACUAA